CUUUGAAGAGCUCCGGGUUUGCACAUCCGUCUGCGCUUUCUCUUUCAUUGAGAUUGAGUGCAGGGUACCAGAUUCAGCGGGCCUUUCUUUUGGGGACUCCUUCCCUAUACAACAUCACCUUAAAAAGAAGCAAACAAUUGAGGGCUGCCAGGAUAUUAGCCAUUCCCUCCACUUUUGCACUGAAAAGGGUUUGAAAUGAUGCUAGCCGUGCUAUUUGUCGCUGCUUUUGCAGCGGCCGCGCGCGCGAGUGAUGUGCUCGAGUUCACUGAUGACGAUUUUGACAGCAAAAUCGGACAACACGACCUCAUUCUGGUGGAGUUUUUCGCACCCUGGUGUGGCCAUUGCAAACGUCUUGCCCCUGAGUAUGAGGCAGCCGCCACUCGACUAAAAGGCAUAGUCUCACUUGCUAAGGUGGACUGUACAGUCAAUUCCAACGUGUGCAGCAAAUAUGGCGUGAGCGGCUACCCAACACUGAAGAUUUUCAGAGACGGAGAGGAUUCUGGUGGUUAUGAUGGACCCAGGACAGCAGAUGGAAUUGUUAGCCACCUGAAGAAGCAGGCAGGCCCAUCCUCGGUGGAGCUCAAGAGUCAGGCUGAGUUUGAGAAGUUCAUCGGGGACCGUGAUGCCAGUGUUGUGGGCUUCUUCGCUGAUGGAGGAAGUGCUGCUCAGGGAGAGUUUCUGAAGGCGGCCAGUGCUUUGAGAGAGUCCUACCGUUUCGCCCACACUAACGAUGAGGACUUAUUGAAGAAAUAUGACGAUGAUGGAGAGGGUGUUGUUUUGUUCCGGCCUCCUCAUCUCAGCAACAAAUUUGAAGAUGGCAGUGUUAAGUUCACUGAGGGGAAAUUUACAAGUGCAACGAUCAAGAAGUUCAUUCAGGACAACAUUUUUGGCAUCUGUCCCCACAUGACUGAUGACAACAAAGACCAGCUGAAAGGCAAAGACUUGUUGGUGGCCUACUAUGAUGUGGACUAUGAGAAGAACCCCAAGGGUUCAAACUACUGGAGGAACAGGGUAAUGAAGGUGGCCAAAAGCUUCCUGGAUCAGGGCAAGACGCUCAGCUUCGCUGUGGCGAGUAAGAACAGCUUCAGUCAUGACGUGUCCGAGUUGGGUCUGGACGGCAGCAGUGGAGAGUUGCCUCUCGUCGGCAUCCGCACUGCCAAGGGAGACAAAUACGUCAUGAACGACGAGUUCUCUCGCGAUGGAAAGGCCUUGGAGAAGUUCCUGCAAGACUAUUUUGAUGGAAAACUGAAGCGUUACCUCAAAUCUGAACCUGUUCCUGAGAACAACGAUGGCCCUGUGAAGGUUCUUGUGGCUGAGAACUUUGACUCAAUUGUAAAUGAUGACAGCAAAGACGUUCUCAUCGAGUUUUACGCCCCCUGGUGCGGACACUGCAAGAGCCUGGAGCCUAAAUACAAAGAACUUGGAGAGAAGCUUUCCAACAGUCCAAACAUUGUCAUUGCGAAGAUGGAUGCCACCGCUAAUGACGUCCCCUCUCCAUAUGAAGUUAGAGGAUUCCCCACCAUCUAUUUCUCCCCAGCUGGUCAGAAGGAGAAUCCAAAGAAAUAUGAGGGAGGUCGUGAAGUCAGCGACUUCAUUUCCUACCUGAAGAGAGAGGCUACAAACACCGUGGUGGUUCAAGAUGAUGAGAAGCCAAAGAAGAAGAAGAAGUCCGAGUUAUAAACAAUCACAGCCCAACAAACAAGGAGGGAAUUCUUGCAGGAGACAUAAAUUAUAUUCCGAUCUUUAGAGAAGCGAGUGCUCUGACCCACGUCACAUUGUCGGCCCUCUUUUGGGCCUGCUGCUCUGGGAACACUGUGGAAACUUGUGACGGGACGGCCAGGCUGUGUGUGAUUUUUAGAUAAGUGGAAGAGGUACAGAGCUGUCAAUUUGAGAUUGUUUUCCCUACACUGUACCUUGGAGAGAUGCACUUUUGAGACCAAUUCUACAUAUUACUUUCUCAUGGAAAAGGGGAGGGGGAUUUGGUGAAAUAAUGUUUUCUUUUUUUUGUACCUUUUUUUUUUUUUUUUUUGUAUGUUUGGAAGGAUUGUGAAAUAAAAGGCCCACUAAA